AUGGGGAAUGUCUCGAGCAGGCCUGAAGAGGGCGCUGCCCUCUAUCUCAGGGACCAGACUCGCCUGUCCAUCGCAUCGCUCGUCAUAAGCAACAGUCGCAAGCGCACAUCUAUUCAGAUCACUCCCAACGCGUUCCCCGCCACAAGAGUCUCUGCGUCGCGGCCAGCCGGAGACAGCACUCCGAUCGAGUUCGUCCAGGACCCCGACUCCACACCAGGCGCGCCCACCUUCAUACUCAAACUGAGCAGCGAGGACGAGCUCAUGUUCACAUUCACAUUUAACGUUCGCCAGACCUCUCUGAGCGCAGGAGCGGACAGCACACCCGUGGACACGCAGAUUAAUGGUCUCACACAUGUCUACGCUGCUACGCCUCGAGAAGUCGAGACGCUUGUGACGAGAGAGUUCCACGCCGACCCGAACCUACACAAGAACUCCAACGUCGAGCUGAUUGGAGACUUUACGACUGGAGGCAAUGCCAGCGUCACUUUCGACUGGUCUUGGAAGUGGAAGCCACCAAAGACUGCGGAGGACCCUGGUGGUGGUUGGAGGAAUACCUGUAGCUUUGUACAAUACGACCAGCGCGCACACGAGCUACAGACACUGGCUAGCUUCUCAUUCUGGGUUCAGAAUGUAUCGCCCUAUGCCGCCCAACCAAGCUCACCCCCUCCCUUCCUACUGACCGUUCCGCCGAGGACACGAGGGCCCUCGUCGCAUUCUGUCGAGUCAAGAAUCAGCAACAUCGACAUGGACGAGCCUGUGUCACCCCCCGCUGCGUCGACCGAGGUCAAGAACCCACUGUCACCAACCAACACCAACAGCCUCACAUCUGUCGUGCCUCUGGCGAAUCCAGAGCCUGUCAAAGUUGACGUUUCCUGCUCGCGACCCAGCGAUGAUGUCUCACAAACAGAUGAUGGCCCCGUGUUUCGGGCGACGAUGAAGGCUCUAGAGCAAAAGACUGGCAACAUGCGGAUGCAGAUGAAAAGGAUGAUCAAGAAGGCGGAGGCUGCUCACAAUGCGCAACUGGAAGCGAACGACUCCUUUGUGAGCUUCGUGGAAGCGCUGAAGGAAGCUUCUUCCACAAACGCAAAUGCUGUACAGCCAGCCAUUGAACACUACUUUGACAAGAUUGCGCGCGAGAUUUUGUCCUACGAGAGAAUGAACGCUCUCAACCUGCAGAGGAUCGUGAUAGAGCCACUCAACAAGGUGUAUACCAUGGAUAUCAAACAGGCCGAGGCGAAGAAGCGCGACUUCGAAGAAGAAAGCAAGGACUUUUAUGCGUACGUCGGCCGGUAUCUCGGCCAGCGACAGGAUUCUAUCAAGGCCAAGCACAGCGAUACCAAGUAUCAAACCAAGCGUCGAAACUUCGAGCUGAAGCGUUUCGAUUACUCGUCUUUCAUGCAGGACCUGUCCGGAGGUCGAAAGGAGCAAGAAGUGCUCUCUCACCUCACCAGAUAUGCGGAUGCCCAGGCGAGAACGUUCCUCGAGGCUGCUAAGCGGGUCGAGAACCUGCUUCCGCAACUACAGGCAUUGUCCAGCGAGGUUCAAGUCGCGGACAAGGAAUACCAGUUCCAACGAAGAGAGCGAGAAGAGAAGCGAAGGCUUCUCGAGAAGAGCAACGUGAAUUAUGGUGAGCCCGAACCAGUACCAUCCACCAGCACGGGCAUCGCGAACGGAAAUGGCGCUGUUUCAGACAGCGAGAUGAGCCGGGCAGACAGCACCGGCUCACAACUGAGAGCGAUCGCGAUCGGCAACUCAAACUCCUCGGCCAGUAAUACUGGUGACCUCUCCAGAUCGCCAGGAAGCCUUGGUCACGCUAUGAUGGCUGCCAGCCCAUCGCAAAAGGAGUCGCAGAGGAAAGAAGGGCUUCUCUGGGCUCUGAACCGGCCUGGCGGACAUGUCGACCCUCGAAACCUGAACAAGCAGGGUUGGCACAAAUUCUGGAUUGUCUUGGACCAGGGUAAGCUCUCCGAGUACAGCAACUGGAAGCAAAAGCUUGACCUGCACAUGGAUCCCAUCGACUUGCGCAUGGCAUCCGUAAGAGAGGCAAGAAACGCAGAGCGACGUUUCUGUUUCGAGGUCAUCACUCCACAGUACAAACGUGUUUACCAGGCGACUUCCGAAGACGACAUGAACAAUUGGAUCACUGCGAUAAACAAUGCGCUCCAGAGCGCUGUCGAAGGCCGUGUGAAGGAAAAGCCGAUACAGAGCAUCUCUCCGUCGAUCGAGUCUGGUGGUUCCUUUAGAAGAGACAUCGGCUCUAUCUUGACUGGCAAAAGUCCGUCUCUCGGCCAUGCACAAGCACAUCCACCAUCCAUAUUACCGGGCCGGCGAACGACCGUCGGUGCACGACCGUCGACAGCACGCUCUCCGAGCAGUACUUACGACGAACACCCUGAUAAGCUCCUUCAAGCGCUUCGAGACAAUGAUCAAGGCAAUUGUUGGUGCGCAGACUGCGGGUCCGGUUCCAAGGUUGAAUGGGUUUCAAUCAACCUCGCCAUCAUCCUGUGUAUCGAGUGCAGUGGCAUACAUCGGUCGCUGGGUACGCACAUCAGCAAAGUCCGAUCUCUCACUCUCGAUAUCACAUCAUUCACGCCCGAUAUUGUCGAGCUUUUACUCUUGGUGGGUAACCGGGUCGCGAACAUGGUCUGGGAGUGUCGGCUCGACCCAGGCCUGAAGCCAGGACCACAAGCGACCCGCGAGCAGAGGUUAAGAUUCAUCACCAUGAAGUACGUGGAUCGGUCGUUCGUCGAGCCUAUCUCGUCUACCCUUUCUCGGUACCCCUCACCCGACGAGACGCUCCUCGCCGCUAUCAAGAAGAACGAGAUUCAGCAGAUCAUUUACUCCCUUGCCCUCCGCGCAAACCCCAAUGUUCUCGAUAAAUCUCGUGGCACCCACGCCGUCUUCCUCGCCCUCGCCGCAGCUGACCCAGCCUCCCCUGGCGGGUUGCCCCAGUCCACAACAUCACAGCCUGACGGAAAACCGGUGCCUUUCCCCAUCGCAGAGAUGCUCCUGCAAAACGGUGCAGAGCUGCCACAAGGCAUGCCUGCGUUUCCGCUCAGCCGCAGUGCACAAUUAUGGCUCGACCAGAAGCGAGGCCGGUCGAACGGGCCGUCGAUGACCGGCUCAUCAUCGGCUUCGAACUAUCUCGACACUGUGGGCUCGACACCUGGAGGCACCAGUCCGCAGCUGGCGACCAAGGAGAAGGGCGGCGACAGAGAUAGGGAGCAUCGGGUCGCGAAGCGUGCGAGCGCCGGCGGCCGCCUGGCCAAGUCGCCUAUUCCCGAGAGGUAG